CGCUGAAGCCGCUGGGAGUCCGGACCACGGGGCUUAGGAGGACUUGGGUCAGCUCUGCAGAGGGGGUGUCUGCGGAGUACUUUCUGGAUCUACAGCACCCCCUCCACUGCCAGGGUCGGCCAGGGGGUCUGGGACAGGGCUCCAGCGGCUCCAGCAGCGGGUUGGGUAGGCCCUUUGGGGCUGGGAGGAGCUACAGAGGCCCCUGCCAGCCUGUCACAGGCUCUCGGCAUUGGCACUGGCUCUGACUUUCACACGCACACACACACACACACACACACACACACACUGGCAAGCACCCCCUUGGUGGCCUCGGAGGUCUCACCUCCAGACUUACAGGUCCUGCCUCCGAGGCUCAAAGCUGGCUCCGUGGGGGACACAGUGACAUGAGAGGCACAUUUCAGACCCACCUCCUCGCCUUCUCCCUCCUCUGUCUCCUCUCCAAGGUGUGUGCCCAGCUGUGCCCCACACCAUGUGCCUGUCCCUGGCCACCACCCCGAUGCCCACCGGGGGUGCCCCUGGUGCUGGACGGCUGCAACUGCUGCCGGGUAUGUGCGCGGCGGCUGGGGGAGCCCUGCGACCAUCUCCACGUCUGCGACCCCAGCCAGGGCCUGGUCUGCCAGCCCGGGGCGGGCCCUGGAGGCCGGGGGGCCGUGUGCCUCUGGGGAGAAGAUGACGGCAGCUGCGAGGUGAACGGCCGCCUCUACCGGGACGGGGAGACCUUUCAGCCUCACUGCAGGAUCCGCUGCCGCUGCGAGGACGGCGGCUUUACUUGUGUGCCCCUGUGCAGCGAGGACGUGCGGCUCCCCAGCUGGGACUGUCCGCACCCCAGGAGGGUGGAGGUCCCGGGCAAGUGCUGCCCUGAAUGGGUGUGCGACCAGGGAGUGGGGCUGGGAGUCCAGCCGCUCCCAGCCCAAGGACCCCAGUUUUCUGGCCUUGUCGCUCCCCCAGCCCCUGGCGUCUCCUGCCCGGAAUGGAGCACCGCCUGGGGUCCCUGCUCGACCACCUGCGGCCUGGGCGUGGCCACCCGAGUGUCCAAUCAGAACCGCUUCUGCCGCCUGGAGACCCAGCGCCGCCUGUGCGUACUGGGGCCCUGCCCACCCGCCAGGGGCCACAGCCCAAGGAGCAGAGCCUUUUAGAGCAAGGCUGAGGAUGGAGGCUCUAUGUCAGCCGCUCGGCAGGCAGUCUGGGCUGCAGGCCACAGUCCGGCUUGGGUCUGCCAUCCGGGCCCUGGAGGACACGCGUGUUCCCAAGCCAGCUGGUCCCUCUGGACCCUGAGAUGCCGCAGGAAGCAUGCCCUAGUUCCCUUCGCUCUCACUCACAGCCUGGGAGAAUGGCCAGGUUUCUUCUAAGCCAUUCACAGCCUUUAUCAAAGACGCGCACAGAGCUUUUUCCAGGAGAUGGGCAACCAUCCCCCCCUUAAUCAUUAGACUGAAGCAGGUGCUGGGCUGGAUGGGCUAUUUUUCUAGGGGUGCGGCGAAGAGGGGCACAGAGAUUCUCAACCUCCUGCUUCCUUUCCUGGAGUGAGGUAGGAACAUCCCUGAACACGCGUCUGUGUGUCAGACUUGUGCUGAGAAAACCUCCCUCCCCACCCUGGGCAGAAUUCAGGGAUUGAAUUCUAUGUAAAUCACCCUGUCUUGAAGACAGUCAAAAUGGGACCUUUAAAUGUCCCUUAAAGGGACCCAUCAAACCCAACUCGUAUUAGUAAGAACUAACCGUUUUCACGACUCCGCAAUGCACCAGGCCAAGCUACACAUUAUACAAGUCAGUGCUGGGAAACAUUCUGGACUAGAGAAAAGCAGGGGAGGAUGAAGAAUGCCUCCCAGAAACCGGGGAACACGGCCUGAAAUAAACCAACCCUCGUGUGAAA